AUGUCUGUCAUCGACACCACCAAGGACCUAUCAGCGCUCUUCACUCAGCAGGUCCAAGCUACCCCCGACUUGGUUGCUCUCGAAGACGAGAAGCACACUUACACAUACCAAGAGCUCCACGACAAAGUCGCUGCCCUUGCCGACCGGCUGCGGGGCCAUGGAGUCGGCCGCGACAGUCUGGUUGGCGUCUUGUUGCCGCGAUCCGCCGACUAUGUAAUCGCCUGCUUAGCAGCCCUUCGUGCGGGAGGUGCAUUUCUGGUUUUGGAGCUGGCUUAUCCUCCCGACCUCCUUGCGGAUGUUCUCGAGGACUCGCAGCCCACAGUGAUCGUCACUGUCAGCGCUGAAGUCGGUAAGAUCAAGGGAUCCACACCGCUUGUUGUUCUGGAUGAAACCAGUUCCGCUACAAACGGCCACGUGGAAGAGUCGGAGCUGAAGCCAUUGCCUGACGAUUCGGAUUUGGAUCGCUUGGCUUUUGUUGCCUACUCGAGUGGAACUACUGGCAAGCCGAAAGGUAUCGCCAACCCCCACAAAGCAGCGGUCCUCUCGUACAACCUGCGGUUCGCGUUAUCAGAUCUGCAGCCGGGCGACCGCGUGGCUUGCAAUGUCUUCUUCGUUUGGGAAAUUAUACGUCCACUGUUGCGGGGAGCAACCGUCGUGGCCGUUCCGGAUGAUGCGAGCUACGACCCACGCAUGCUGGUCGACCUACUGGCCAACAAGAAGAUCACCGAAACCCUCUUCACACCAACUCUUUUCUCUACUGUCCUUGCGCGUCACCAAGCACUGGAGACUCGCCUGCCAAAUCUGAAAACUGUUUGGCUCAAUGGCGAAGUCGUGACAACCGAUCUUGCACGCCGUGGUAUCAAGGCCCUUCCCAAGACCCGCCUGCUCAACGUCUACAGUGCGUGCGAGACACAUGAAAUCGCCGCCGGCGACAUCAAGGACAUGCUUGAGAAGCUCGACAAGGAUGCUUCUUACUGCCCAGUUGGACCACCCAUCAUUGACAAGAAAUACAUCUACAUUCUGGAUGAAAGUGGCCAGAAGGUCGAUGAGGGCGAGAAUGGCGAGCUCUACGUUGGCGGGCACCUGCUUGCUCGAGGAUAUCUCAACCUCCCAGAGACGACGGCCAAGGCUUUCAUCAGGAAUCCCUUCAGUUCCAAGUUUGGUGCUAGGAUGUACAGGACUGGCGACAAGGCGCGUCUCCUUCCCAACGGCCUGCUUGAAAUCACCGGACGUGUCGGCGCCAUGAUCAAGAUCCGUGGAUACUCCGUGGUUCCGGGUAAGGUUGAAACCGCAAUUCUCAGCCAUCUAGCCGUCAGCCACUGUGCCGUGGUGCCUUUCGGAGAAGGCAUCGACCGCCAGUUAGUGGCCUACAUUGUACGCGACAAGAACACAUCGGCAGAACGCCCGGAACUGGAGAUUGACAGGACUGGCCGCAGCUCGACCGCCAGGCGCAUGCUCAUGAACUAUCUUGCUCACUACAUGAUACCUUCACUCUGGGUCGAGAUGGACAAACUGCCGACGAAUGAUGUUUCUGGCAAGGUUGAUCUCAAAGCCUUGCCUCCCCCAAGACCUGCUUCGCCUUCAGGCAGUGCCCGCAAGUACGAGCAAAGUCCAAUUACCAUCGAACAGAUUACCCAGAUCUGGGCCUCCAUCCUUAACGUCAGUACCAGCUCCAUUACUCCAGAAUAUAACUUCUUCGAUCUUGGUGGCCAUUCACUUCUACUCGCCGACCUAGCUGCGCGACUGUCGAAUACCUUUGGUUUCCGAGUACCAGUCGCACGUCUUGCCCAACCGGCAACGCUGAACGGACAUUUGGACACGGUUCGUGCUAUCCGGGAUGGCCACACGGCCGAGGUGCAAGAGAACCUGCCAGCAGUAUUGCGUGCCGACUCCGUCCUGGACAAAGACAUUCAGCCGCAAGGCGCCAAAAAAUGUGCGCUCAAGGACGCAAAGACGGUCCUUCUCACUGGUGUCACAGGUUUCUUGGGUGCUUUCCUUCUCCGUGAUUUACUGGAAAGCACAUCUGCUCAGAUUGUGUGUAUGGUUCGUUUCGCCGAUUCUUCGCAAGACGAUAUUCCCGCUGGUAUAGCUAGGAUACGUAGGAACUUGCUGGACUUUGGCCUCUGGAGCGACAACAUCAUGGAGCGCGUGGAAAUUCUCCCAGGAAACUUGUCUCGCAGAAGAUUCGGUCUCGCGCCCGAUACAUUCAAGGCAUUGGCUGAGCGCAUUGAUGUCAUUGUUCACGCUGCCGCUACCGUCAACUUGGUGUACCCUUACGCGGCGCUGCAAAAACCAAACGUCGGCGGUACACGGGAAAUCCUACGUCUUGCUGCCCAGGGCGGCGUGACGGUACAGUACAUUUCUACCAACGGAGUACUUCUUCCUGCCAAGGGCCGGGAAGGGUGGCCCGAAGACACGAUUCUCGAGGUUGAUGAUGUCGUCAAGCUUGCCGAUGGUUAUGGACAAACCAAGUGGGUCGCUGAACAACUUGCUCUGGAGGCUGGCCGAAGGGGUCUCCCCAUAAAGAUCCACCGUAUCGGUACUAUCAGCGGCCAUAGCGAGACUGGCGCUGCCAAUGCCUGGGAUCUUUUGACAGCUUUGAUUGUUGAAUCCAUCAGGAUUGGUCACUACCCAGACGUCAAGGGCUGGCGCGCAGAAAUGACACCGGUCGAUUUUGUCAGCAAAGCCAUCCUCCACCUCAGCAACCAAACCGAAACUGAGCAGACUAUCUUCCACAUUGGCGAUCCGGAUCCAGUAGAUGUCAGCCAAGUCUUCGAGGAACUCAACGUACUAGGCUAUCCCACCAAGCCCAUGCAGUUUGAAAAGUGGAUUCAGCUCUGGGACGACAAGCGAGGCUCUGUCAAGGGAGGUGACGGUGCUUUUACCGUCGAUAUUCUCCGUGGUGGUAUGCCUAGCAUCGAGUUCCUGAGAGAUGUCGUUGUGCUUGACAACGCGAAGACGCGACCGCUUCGCCUGGCUGUAGAGCGCCCCAAGGUUGAUCGCGUACUUCUAGAGACGUAUACACGCCACUGGUAUGCUCGAGGCUGGCUUCCAAAGCCACCAGCUCACCAAAAUGCUGCGGGCGGCUCGGCUCGGCUGCCUCGAAAGGGUCCGCUCUCUGACAAGGUUGUUGUUGUCAUGGGCGCCUCAUCUGGUAUUGGCGCCGCGACUGCCACAGCCCUUGCGCGAGAAGGCUGCCAUGUUGCGCUUGCAGCACGGCGCCUCGACGCCCUUGAAGAUCUCAAGAAGCGCAUCGUAGUUCGGGAGGGCAAGAUCAUUACCCAGAAAACCGAUGUCACAGACAAGAGCCAAGUUGAAGCACUCGUCGCUGCAGCAGAGAAGCAGCUUGGUCCAAUCGAUAUUUUUGUCAACGUCUCCGGAGUCAUGUACUUCACCAUGAUGGCCAACUCCUACACUGACCAAUGGAACCAGACCGUCGACGUAAACUGUAAAGGUCUCCUGAACGUCAUCUCCUCCAUCGUUCCCUCGAUGCUCAAGCGCGGAAAGGGUCACCUCCUUGCCAUCUCAUCUGAUGCUGGGCGAAAGGUCUUCCCUGGCCUGGGAGUCUACUCGGCUUCCAAGUUUUUCGUAGAGGCCACGCUGCAGAGUCUGAGGCUGGAGACUGCUGGUACGGGGCUGAAGGUGACCUCUAUCCAGCCAGGUAAUGUAGUGACCGACCUGCUAGGUAUGAGCACAGAUCCCGAGGCCUUGAAGAAGUAUGGUGAGCCGAGCGGAGCCAAGGUCCUGGACCCAGAGAAUGUUGCUGAGAGUAUUGUGUAUGCGCUCAAGCAGCCGGAACAUGUCAGUGUCAACGAGGUGCUUGUUGAGCCGAGGGACGAGCCAAUCUAGAUUUAGAGAAUUGGGUUAGACAUGGAGAAGUAUGAUUAGAAAAAUAUUUGGGUAGAUGCAUCCCAUCAUGGGUCAUUGUACGAUUGAGAUUAGAAGAAUGAUUAGAAUUUUUGCUGUAAUUUACUGAAU